AUGGGCUCCUAUGCCAGCAUCCCCGCUCCUACCACAGACAAUGAAUCUGCCAAGUUAGCCGGCGACGAGCCCCCCUCCGCGGAGAUCCAAGCCGAAGUCGCCAGUUACACCGUCCUCGAUCGUGAAGGACAGCCACACCAAUACUCAUCCCUCUACAGCGGUGCAGAAGCUGCCCCCCGCACUCUUGUUGUCUUCAUCCGCCAUUUCUUCUGUGGAAGCUGCAAGGAAUACAUCGAGGUCCUCUCCAAGACCAUCACCCCAGAGCUCCUAGCCCAAAUAAGCACUUCUGCCUCUGUGGUAGUGGUGGGGUGCGGGGACCCGGGUCUGAUCGACAUUUACGCCAAGGAGACAGGCUGUCAGUUUCCCAUCUACGCGGACCCCUCCCGCAAGCUCUACAAACAAAUGGGGCUGGUCUCUUCGCUAGCUCUCGGCGAGAAGCCCGGGUAUAUCCAGAAGAGCAUGAAGCAGAUUGUGGCCGAGUCGUUCUGGAAGACGCUGAAGCAGCUUCCCAGUGGGUUGGCGCUGAAGGGAGGCGAUUCGCGCCAGAAUGGCGGCGAGUUCCUGUACGAGGCGGGUCCCGAGAGAGGCGAAGAAAGACGCGUGGUAUGGUGUCAUCGCAUGCAGAAUACUCGGGACCACACUGAGGUGGCAGCCCUAGCCAAGAUCUUGGAGCGGAAGGGGUGA